GCUCUCCAGGCGGAACUCUCGGUCCCGGAACCUUGACGCAGCACCUCCAGCGGGGGAAGGAAUUCUGGGAGCACUAGUCCACCCGAACCGGCAGCCAGGAGACGUCACUGGCCGGGAAUCCCCUGAGAGACCGGCGGGUACCGAGCGCGAGCGGCCCGGGGAGCGAGGGACAUGGCGGAGACUAUUGUGAGUACCCGGGGGGCAGGGGGUGAGUGUGCACUCAGGGGAGUGAGAGAGAGCCAGCACUCAGGGGAGUGAGAGAGAGCCAGCGCUCAGGGGAGUGAGAGAGAGCCAGCACUCAGGGGAGUGAGAGCCCCAGCACUCAGGGGAGUGAGAGAGAGCCAGCACUCAGGGGAGUGAGAGAGCCCCAGCACUCAGGGGAAGUGAGAGAGCCUAGCACUCAGGGGAGUGAGAGAGCCCCAGCACUCAGGGGAAGUGAGAGAGCCUAGCACUCAGGGGAAGUGAGAGAGCCCCAGCACUCAGGGGAAGUGAGAGAGCCCCAGCACUCAGGGGAAGUGAGAGAGCCCCAGCACUCAGGGGAAGUGAGAGAGCCCCAGCACUCAGGGGAAGUGAGAGAGCCCCAGCACUCAGGGGAAGUGAGAGAGCCCCAGCACUCAGGGGCCAGGACAGCGCUCAGGGGAUUGAGAGAGAGCCAGGACAGCGCUCAGGGGAUUGAGAGAGACCCAGGACAGCGCUCAGGGGAGUGAGAGAGACCCAGGACAGCGCUCAGGGGAGUGAGAGAGAGCCAGCACAGCGCUCAGGGGAGUGAGAGAGAGCCAGGACAGCGCUCAGGGGAUUGAGAGAGAGCCAGGACAGCGCUCAGGGGAUUGAGAGAGAGCCAGGACAGCGCUCAGGGGAUUGAGAGAGAGCCAGGACAGCGCUCAGGGGAUUGAGAGAGAGCCAGGACAGCGCUCAGGGGAUUGAGAGAGAGCCAGGGCAGCGCUCAGGGGAUUGAGAGAGCCCCAGGGCAGCGCUCAGGGGAGUGGGAGAGCCCCAGGGCAGCGCUCAGGGGAGUGGGAGAGCCCCAGGGCAGCGCUCAGGGGAGUGGGAGAGCCCCAGGGCAGCGCUCAGGGGAGUGGGAGAGCCCCAGGGCAGCGCUCAGUGUCACUUAAUCUACUGUCUGUGUAUAAUGCUCACUGUCACUCUCUGCACAACACUCAAUGUCUAAACUUCUUUAGGAAAUCAUAUCAAUUAAACUGUGAACAGUUUUCCCUCCCCGAACUCUGAUUCCUUUCCUGAAACUGUCAUCAAAUUAGAACACUAAGCCCUGAAUGAACACUAUCCUAGCAACCUACUUUUCUACCCUACCCUUACCUUUUGUGUCACAUUACCCCACUCCCUCUAGCAUGUAAGCUCAUUGAGCAGGGCCCUCAAUCCCUCUGUACCUGUGUGUCCAACUUGUCUGGUUACAAAUAGUUGUCUGUUAGUCCCCUCAUUGUACAGCGCUACAGAACUUGUUGGUGCUUUAUAAAUAAUUAUACAACACUCACCGUAGCUUUCACUCUCUCUGUGUACCACACACACACACACUCUGCAUAACACACUAUCACUCUCUGUGUAGCACGCACUGUCAUUCUCUAAUAUUUGCACAUUAUAUUCUGUGUUUGUACAUACAGUGAUAGAUCCUAGCUGUAUAUUUUUAUAUCACUGUGUUUUAAGUAGGUUUAUCAGGCUUGUAAACAAGUUACCUUGCAUAAAAAGAAACUUCCGGUCCACACAAUAUUUAAAUGCAAAAUUGUCCGGUUUAUUCUCUGGAAUGUCAACUGUCUGGAGUCUAAAGUGAAUUUCAGAUGUGAAAAUGUGGCUUAGAAUUAUCUGCAUUUUACCCUGUAGUGAGUGACACUGUGUGUCUGUUCUCGAUCUUGCUGUCCUGCUAUGUUUUUGUUCUUGUGUCAGUGAAGUGGGCUGCUGUAUGUGUCUGUGUGCUCCGCCCCCUGUGUGAUUUAUUGUCUAAAUCAGUAAUUAUGCACAGCUGACAAUUCUAUUGGGAAACAGGCCAGUUUAGCCAAGCUGUAAAAAUGGUGGAGUAGGACAAUUUGGCAUUUUUGCCUAUAAUUUGUCUUCCCCACAAUCCCUGGUUUUGUAUGUUGGGAAUAUUGUGGACAUAGCAUUUCCUGGACAUCUAAUCUCAUCACUAUCUGCAGUUCAUUUAUGCUCCAGAACAGACAUCAUCCAACUGUUGUCCAUGUCUCUAAACAUCAUUAUUAUUUUCCAAACUGUGUUUACUAUACAUUCAUGGUGAAUGUGGUAUAUGCCAUAAUAAAUCAUUUGCAAGUAUUUUUUUCACUCUGAAUAAAUUUUAAUUUUUCCGGUAGACAAUUCGUGUUCAGUCUCCAGAAGGAGUAAAGCGCAUUGAUGCAAGCAAACGUGAAUCAGCAGCGACUUUUCUUAAAAAGGUAGGUUCCUUCCUGACAGCGAUUUCCAUGUUUGUACAGUGACAAUGACAAACACGUCUGGCAUAUGUAGCAGUCACUGGAUAUGGUUUGGCAAACCUUACACUGGUAUAGUUAGAGCUAUUUAUUCCUGUCGAUUAUUUGGCCUAUCCCUCCUGGCACUAAAAGUUAUAAAUAAUUGUAUUGGACUGAACAUCCACAAAUUGGUUCUGAUAUUAGAUGUUCAUUGUUUCUGUCCUUUAAGUUUCUACUUUUUCCUCACAAAAAAAAGCAAAGAUGACUUAAAAGAAAACUAUAAAGUCAGGAAAACAAUCCCCCCUCCCCUUUGCCCCCUUAAAGGGACACUGUAGGCAUUCAGACCACUUCAGCUAAUUGGAGUGGUCUGGGUGUUGUCACUUUUGCACUUAGUCCUGCAAUUUAAAACAUUGCAGUUCCAGAGAAACUAGAAUGUUUACAUUGCAGCAAUGGCUGUCUACCAGACGGUUACUAGAGGGCUUCCUAAAUUGAAACGGACGUUUGGUCCGGUAUCUGGCCCUGGACGUCCUCACGCUCUGCAUGAGGACCUCCAGCGUCAGAUUUUUCCCUAUAGGAAAGCAUUAAUAAAAUUUCCUAUGGAGAAAUCCUAAUGUGAGAGUGGCCAUUGCCGCGCAUGCACAUAAGGUCUCCCCAGGCGAAGCCUGAUCCAGCGCCAAGGGACAUCGGUGUUGGAUUCAGGUAAGUAACUUAGGGGGUCAUAACCCCUUCAGCGCUGCAGGAGGGCUGUGUGAGGGAGAUGGGCACUGUAUGGAACUAUAGUGCCAUUAUAAUGGCUUUGUUUUCCUGGCACUAGAGAUUACCUUUAAAUAUAGUACAAUCUUACCUUUAUUCCAGACUGCUGGUGCUGGCUCUGUCCCUGACCUGCCUCCUUGGCUGACAUCAUCAGAAGUGAUUCUCUCAACCAAUUACAAUGCUUUCCUAUAGGAAAGUAUUAGAUUGGCUGAUAUUCUCUAUUCUGAUGAUGUCAGCCAAGGAAGCGGGUCAGGGGACAGAGCCAAACAAUGCCGUGGCCAAUCAGCAUCUUCUCAUAGAUAUGCAUUGAAUUCAUGCAUCUCUAUGAGGAAAGUUCAGUGUCUCAAUGCAGAGGGUGGAGACACUGAAUGUCAGACACACUGUGCAGCACUGCCUCAGGAAGGAUCUCUAACAGCCAUUUGAGGAAUGGCCAGUGGAGGUAUAUCUAGGCUGUAAUGUAAACACUGCAUUUUCUCUGAUACCAACAGUGUUUACUGCAAAAAACCUGCAGGGACUGACUAUACUCACUAGAACAAAUACAUUAAGCUGUAAUUACGGUAAGUGUAAUUUUUCCUCUACUACUGUAGUUGUUCUGGUGACUAUAGUUUCCCUUUAACUUUUUCUCCACUCCGCACUUCCAGUGACGACAAUCUCUCUCUUCCUCUUUGGAUAAAAUUGGUGCAUGUGCCAAUUGGAUGCAGUGACUGAUCAUGCUUCUCAUAGUGGACCAUUAAACUAAGCUCUCACUUCCACACGAGCAACUGUUCAAGCGGUGUGAAUCAGUAAGAUGCCCUGGCUGUCAGCUUGACUGCCUUGGGGCACUCUUUCCUAACUAAUAAAAGGGCCAAAUGCUCUUGAAAUAGGCACUUUUGUGAAUUGAGAGAAGGGAGAGCUCCUGCUUGCCCCUAAAGCUUGGUGGUCUGGAGUGUCUUUUUAAUGGCUCCCCUCUCUAGUUUUUCCUCUUGUUCUCAGGUAACCUCUCCUCGUAUUGGCUUUCCUCACCAACAAUGGUAUAGUGAGGGUGAGUCCGGGUCUGCUAGUCUUUGAGAAACAGUCAUUGAUACAGUGUUACACAAUCAAUAUUCAGGAUCAACAAGAUAAGAUUUAGAGUAAGUAUGUUGGUUCACAGCCAUUGCAGAGUGGGGCUGGUCACCUGACAACUUAUAGGGAAGGAGAAACUGGAAAAACCAUUGCAAGGAAAAAUGACCCAUCAGGGGAACAGUGUUUAUGCCCUGGCAGAUGUCUCAAUGAAUGAUGGCGCCAGAUGAUGCAUUGCUGAAGCUUAAUAGGCAGCUAAACUUCCAGGGAAGCGAAGGAAAUGGUUAAUUAUAGCGCAGCCAUGAAAUGUUGCUCUACAAGAUUCAUGGCGUUGUGCCCAGCUGCGCAUGUGUGCAUGACAAUCUUCUUAUUGAGAUGAAUACAUUUAUAAAAUAUUCCAAUAUUUCUGCCAUAGAGGAUUAUUUUUCCAAGCCAACGUUUGUGAGUAGUUUAGUAACAGAAUGAGUGUUGGCUUUGCAUGUGAUAUUAAAAAACUAAUUGUAAAGAUCACUGUCCAUUUGUGGUGCAGUCACUCUAGGCUGUAAAUCCAUUCUGUGCAGAGUAUAUGUUGUUUAUCAUAAACAUUUAUUAGAAACCAGCAGUACAUAUAUAUAGUACACAAAAUUAAGACAAAACAACAGUUUUGUCUGUAGAGUGCUGUUCUGGGAUGCCCUAAAAUACAUUUAUGCAUAUUUUAUAGAAUUUAAAAUGCUCAAUUUAGUCGCUCAUACUUUUUAGACCUAUUGUGGGAUAGUGCAGUAUAUACAGGCUGAUUAAAGCAUUGGGGAAAAGUUAUUUUGUCAGUGUCAGUGUUGGGUAGGUGUGGGAGUACAACACUGACGUGGACUCCUGGCAGACAGAAGCUGAAGAGGAAAUGGUGGUGACUGGGUCACUCCACUGCGAUCACUGAGUGCUCCUGUUUAGCAAGAAAUUGGAGAAUCGGUGACAUCUCUUUGUUUCUCCAUUAAGUGGACACCACUAGGGUCAAACGUAAAUGGGGUUUAUCAUCAUAAUAAUAAUUUAAUUUGUAAUUCUGGGUUGCUGUCAUUAUGUAGCCCCACUUAUAUGGAAAGCAAGCUCUGUCAACUGUUUGAGUACGGAUCGCCAUGAAAGAACAUCCAGUGCUCCAGUAGAGAUCAAUUCUGUAGCAGACACCAGAACUCCAAGGAUAGCAUUCGCACUUUGACUAUUGAUUGGGAAUGAGAAUGUCACCCCUUGUCUCGCAGGCCUGGAUGUAAAUUGAUAUAAACCCUGCCCUGUGCGGGAUCCAGUUACAGUCGUUUGUCAACUUAAGAAUUCUACGACUUGGAAUCCACUGAAUCCUUAAUAAAGCUGUUGGGUAACUCUCCUUCCCUCCUUCUGUUCCACACUUCAUUCAAUAAUGAUUCUAAAUAAACUGAUUUCUCACCUGGAGCUUAUUACCCAUCACUGCCCCAACAUUAAAGAGGUUUUUUAUUUUUUGUCUCCUCUUCGUAUUCCUCCAGGUAGCAAAAGAGUUUGGCUUUAGAAAUAAUGGUUUCUCUGUGUAUGUAAAUAGAAACCGUACGGGAGAAAUAUCUGCUUCACAAAACAAAUCGCUGAACCUUCUCAAAAUCAAGUAAGUUGGUUAUUCCCACUGCUGUUGUGUGAAUGGUGAUGUUAUUGAAAAUGGUGUCUGCUUAUUUAUGGUACCAGUUACAAGUAUAAUUUGCCUCCAGUGUAUAUAGAGGUAGUUUAGCACUGAAUGUGUCCGAGUGGCAAGGGAUUUAUAUCUCCUCUCACAGGCUCCUGAAGGGUUAAGAUCAACUCUGGAACAUCAUUACUUGUUUUCCCCUUCGACAUCAUCUGGAACUUUAUAUUAUUAACUGGAAGGAAGAGGAAUGCUUUGGAUUUCCAGAUAAUCUAUUUGGGGCCAAAAUGUUUGCUUGCAGAGCCAGCUCUAAUGAAACCCAGAGUCAAAGAGGACAUUGACAGAAAUAGCGCUCUGACACGUCUGUGCCUGUCUCUAAAGUGAUUUCUUUUUUACAAUAGAUUUGUCAAAGUAAAUGUGACUGUGGCUUAAGACGUCUGACGCCAAAACAUAGUAAAUUCUUUUAUGGGUAACAAAAAGCUUUAUAUUUUGUUUUCACAUGAACAAAACACAUUCAGACUGCUUAGUAUAUAUGUAAUCAUUCUCUGAUACAAUCAUAACGCACUGCGGAAUUUACUGAAUACCAUUGUAAAUAAUGCCAAUAUGUUUUACACAUCUGUUUUUCAGUGCCCUUUAGGUGAAGUGUGGUAUAUUUAGAGAGAGUGAACAUAUCAGGGGUUAAUUCACAUUACAAAAAUUGUGAAGGAUUGACCAGCAAUUUGCACGUUUAAGUCCAAAAUAUCCAAAAAUAUUCUCCAAUGUAUCAAUUUUCCAACAAUGGAGAGUAAAGGGACACUCCGGGCACCAUAACACUUUUAUCGCAAUGACGAUGUUGUAGUGUGAAGAGGUCCCGGGUCCUUUCUUAUCUCAAUGGGUUAAGCUGUUAAUGUUUUAACCCCAAAGUCUGCAAGGUGCGCCCAAUCAGCUCCUCCACUUCUUCUGAAUGUCCGAGGCUUCCAUCUUUAGUUUUUUUUUGUUUUUGUUUUUUUUUAGCUUCACAAUAUACCACAUAGGAACCGCACUCAAUCCACAUAAGCUAAGGGUGCUAAACCAGACCACGGCCAGCACAAUCCCCACAAACGGAAAUCUUGAUAAUUGAAAAGAGGUCCAAACAUUCCAAUAGCUUCAGGCACAUUUAUUGGAACAAAGGGAACCCACAAGCUUGACAAAGGCCCACUUGUGGGUCGAAACGUUGCAGUGUACAUUUUGUUCCAAUAAAUGUGUCUGGACCCCUUCUCUAUUAUCUUUAGCUCCAGACUGAGGUAGCCAUCAGGAUACUUGUCACCGAUGCAUGCACAAAAGGGGAAAUCCGGUGUUUCUGGAUCUUUCAUAGAUCUUCACACUCAAUAAGAUUGGUAUUGGGAAAUAACAAGAUGCGGCACAUUCUGAUAAAUACACUUUGAUUAGACACGUUAUGUGAUGUUAUGAACUCUUAUGAAGCCAGUCACAUGCAGUGGCGAUAGAGAAUGCAGAGUAUGCUGUUUCCUUGUGGCUCAUUCCCAAGUCUUUUCCUAAUUUCUAUUUUCAUUUUCUUACAGACAUGGGGACAUGCUAUUUCUGUUUCCAAGGAAUGCUGCUGGACCCUCCACGGAGGUUAUGGAUACAUCAGCCUUGACCCAGAGUCGACCAAUGAGUGCUCCCCAGGUUGUGGAGGAUGAAAUUGACCAAUAUCUGAACAAGCAGGAUGGAAAGAUCUAUAGAAAUAAAGACCCCCAGCUGUAUGUAGGAAUGCUUAACCAACAAUUCAGACAUUACAAAAAUAUAAUGAAGCAAGCAAUUCAGCUUUGGUCCCUGCCACAGAAGCUCCUUAAAUUUGCAUAACAGAAACAUCAGCUGUGCAGACACACCUGUAGAAUAUUUAUUUUUAUGUCUAUGCUCUAUCAUGUUUUCAUGUAACAUGAAACUAAAAUGAAUCAAACUCGUGUUUAAGUGGUUUGACAGGAUGUUUCAGAGUGGAGCUAAUUAAGAGGCACUCCUCCAUACAGGAGGUUGGUGUGUGCGCUUGUUCCAUGUUUCUUGCCAUAGUUUGAUAGGGUGUUUCAGAGUGGAGUUAAUUAAGAGGCACUCCUCCACACAUGAGGUCGGUGUGGGCACUCGUGCCAUGUUUCUUGCCAUAGUUUGAUAGGGUGUUUCAGAGUGGAGCUAAUUAAGAGGCACUCCUCCACACAGUUUGAUAGGGUGUUUCAGAGUGGAGUAAGAGGCACUCCUCCACACAUGAGGUCGGUGUGGGCACUCGUGUGUUUCUUGCCUUAGUUUGAUAGGGUGUGUCAGAGUGGAGCUAAUUAAGAGGCACUUCUCCACACAUGAGGUCGAUGUGUGCGCUUGUGCCAUGUUUCUUGCCAUAGUUGCCCCUGUGCAGUAUUCUGUUUUUCUCACAUAAUGUGUUUUGCAUUCUGAUUCUUUUGAAUGAUAAAUUAACAGGGUUAGUGAUAAGAUAAUUCUCUCCCUAUCCAAAGAGAGAGGAUCAUUUAAGUUUUAAAUGGAAGCCUGCCAUAUGGGUCUCUAAACAACCAUUCUGAAAUGUUGUAUAUGGGUUAAUAAACAGGUCAGUCUGAUAAGGACUCUUCUAGAGUUAGGAUUGCAUUUCAUGGAGCAUGGGCCACCAUCGUCCCAUGAUGCUCUAUGGUGUUUGAGAGCAUGAUUCUUUGGCAUUCUUUCCCUAGUCUUGUGUGCCUAAUUGUUCCCCUAUUGCACCCCAAGCACAACUUCCUGGCUAAUUUGAAUAAUAAUCAAGUGUACCUGGACAACCUCACACAUCAUGUAAUUUUUUUUUUAUUUUUUUAUUUCUUCUUCAUAGCUGACUUUGGUAGGAAUUGGAUAGUGCAAAAAUAGUUAGGCGGCUUUGCCUUUUAGAAUGCUCUUGACUACAUUCCCCAUGAUCAGGUGUCAAAUGAAAGGCUGUCAGAGAAUCAUGGGAAAUUGUAAUCUACAUCCAGAAUUCUAAGUGUUGUUGCUACAGCGCUAUGGAAUGUGAUGGCACUAUAUAAAUAAUAAAAUAAUAAUACAUUAACCAGCAGGUAUUCCAUAGCACAGAGACUCUGUAACGCAGACACACUGUUACAGCUUAAUGAAGCUGAUAAAGCAUACAGAUCCAUACAUAUAUUUUAGGUUUUAUGAGCCAAUGAAGACUAGUUGGUGCUUUCCAUGUUCCUGGCCAACAUUAACAUUUAGAAGAUUUUUACAAAAUAUUUAAACAAAAAUCUAUUUACAAAAGAAUUAUAUAUGUGUAUGGCUGUGCUUAGGCAUUUAGAAAAACAUAUCCCCUAUACUGUCAGAUUAUCCAGUGAAUACAACAACCAACUGAAUUUAAAAACCAGAUAAAGUGAGGUGUAUGUCUACAUUUCAUUAUGUCGGCUGCAUUAAACGGUAUUUCUUUCAAAAAAUAUAUAUAUAGAUUUUUCCGUACCCUAAAACUGCAACUCCGUAUUGUUUGAGUAUUUUACGGGAUGUGCUGGUAUUUCUGUGAAUACUGCUAGCAGUGCACAUGGCCCACUUCCAGUAAAUAAAGUUGCCUUGCUAAUACAAGCUAUUUUACAGGGAUUUUAUUGCAGGGCUCUCCAUACCUUGUCCUAUCUCUUUGCUGUUCAGGAUUCAUUAACACGAUGCUCUGUGCAGGCUCCUAUAAAUUAAUGAGGGGAUUUAAAGAACAGUCAGCUCAGAAUUGUUUUUAAUAUAAUAAUUAUUUUAUCAAGUUGUGACAGGAAAUAUUUGGUUUUAAAUGAAGAAAAUGUAGAAAUGUAAAAAAUGAAAAACUUCUCUACCUUAGGAUCUAUCAGACAUAUACAUACACCCAUUCACCGAGGGUCAGUCUGUGUUUGAAAACCAACAGUUAGUCUCUAUGGUAUUCACUGUUUCUUUGUAUGGAGUGAAGCCGGGAAGACCAUAGAGACUAACUGUAGGUUAUCGUGUCAUAUACUAAUGGUAGGGGAUUCCUCUUUUUUACUUAACUUGCCGAUAGGAUUAUUAUAUUAAUUAUUAUAUUAAACAAUCAUUUUCAGGUGACUUUUGUCCUUUUAAGAGACCUGAGCUAUGAACUUGUUUUUUGUUUUUUUUCUUGGCUUGAUAAGGACCAGCACUCGAAAACAGCAGGAGAUAAACAGUUUAUUGUAACAUUGCUUUUGUAAACAUUUUAUGUUAUAUUUCUUUUUUUACUUUUUGGCUUGUAGGAUGUCUUAACAUUUGUUAUUCAUUAUUUGUUUGUGAUUACAUUGUUAGCAAUUUGCAAUAAUAAUAUAAAGUGUUAUUUUCCACGAAUAAAGUGCAAUGUCCAAAUAUUCAGAAAGGAUUUAUCACAUUUACACUUUUCCGUGUUGUUACAUGCAUUCAUGAUAGCAAAUUAAUCAGCAUAAACCUGAACCUGCUAACUUUUUAUGUUUUUUUUUUUUUUUAUUGUCUCCAUCCAGAUGUCGCCAUGGACCUCAGGGUAAAUGUGUACACUGCGUACCCCUAGAGGUAAGGCCCUUUUAUCAUUUUAUAGCGACUCGUAGUCUUUUGUAUUUUUUUCCAAGGGGGAGGAGGGCUAGAUUGAUGUUUACAUUUUGUGUUUGAUCACUCACAGCCCUUCGAUGAGGAUUAUCUAAAUCAUUUAGAGCCCCCAGUCAAACACAUGUCCUUCCAUGCCUACAUCAGGAAGCUGACCGGAGGAGCGGACAAGUAAGUGAAGACCAUUCCAGAAAUUGUAGCAUUCUCUACAAAGUGGGAUUUGUAUUGUAAUAAGUAUGAAAAGCUAUUCAUUGGAAAAUCUGUAAAUGUGAAUCAGUCACCGGAAACCAGUGGAAUGUUAAUGUUGUCUGUGUUUACAUAGCAUCGUUAUUUUUGUUGGCUUUAUUCAUCAGGCACAUAAAUUGUAUGUCGUUUUUUUUUUGUUUUGUUUUUUUUAACAUUCUUUAUUUGUAAAAAGGCAAGACAAGGCAUCCAAUAUACACAAAAUAUUGUAAGCAGUACAGAUUAUUUUGUAGCUUUAGUGACAUUCAGCGUCAAUUUCCGUCCUCUAUUUGUAAGUCUUUGCAUCUUUUAAUGAAUCUUUUUAUUAAUUUUUUUUUUUUUUUUUUCUCUCUGCCUGCAUCAGACGCCCUGCUCGUCCUGGUGUUUUUUGUUGAAUAAAAAUAUAAACAUGAUAAACUAAAGUUACAAUGCUAACAGAUAUUGUUUCAACAUAUUGUUUCUUGGUUGCUCAUAUGUAUCUCAAGUCAAAUGUUUAUAUGUCCAGCUUGUAAACAGAUCCAUUUUCUUUUCUCGUUAUUUUCAUUUUCGUCUGUCUACACGAUAUAGUAGUGCAUUGUAUAUAGGAUUAUAUAAGAGUAAGAAGAGAAUGGAUGUGAGAGAUUCUCACAUACUAAAGCAAGAGAAGAGAGUGAGGAGAAUGUGAGGAAGGGCGUAGAGGGGGGGGGAGCGAUCAGAGAAUUCUCUAUUUGUCAGAGGUGGGCCUAUCCUAGGUCUAUUGUGUCCUUCGAUGUCUAUUGUGCAGGCUUCUCACAUAGGGGUACAAUUCUCUGUAAGUCCCUUAAAUCUGGCGGAUGAUAUACAAUAGGUACUGACUAUGGAGGUGUCAAGUAUUCGCUGUGCUAGCUAUCCAGGGGCCCCAUAUUCUUUCAAACUUUUUUGUUGUUCCUCUAACCCUUGCUGUCAAUUGAUCCAUCAGGCAGGUAUUGUUAAUGUUUUGUAUCACCACAGAAAAGCUUGGAGCCUCUCUCUGCAGCCAGACCUGUGCCAAAGCUCUUCUAGCGGCCAGAUUUACCUUAUGUAUCAGAGCCUGUUCCAGUUUUGUCCAGUUGUCCAUAGUUCUAGCCAGUAGGAACAUCCAUGGGUCUAACUUAACCUCUUUCUCAAAUUUAUCUUGUAAGAGCUGUGCUAUUAAUUGUAUGUAGUUUUGUCUUCUGAAACAUGGCGUUUCCUUCUUGCCUAGUACAUCUGAAGGCCAGUUUGAUAUAUUAAUCAUUCACUUUAAUGACAUUAUGGAUUAUAUAUAUAUAUAUAAAACAAGGGGGGUUGGCUGCACUCACCUGAACAUGCAUAAAUGGGGGUGCUGCUGGGGGCCAAAUAAUACAAUACACAAGAUCCAGCGCACUCACAUAUCCACUAAACAGCAACUUCAAUGUUGAAAGAUUUUAUUAGUUUUUUUUAAAAACACCUAAUCUAGGCAAAAAUAAUGGGGGUUUAGCUACAUUAUAUGAUCAACAUUGAAGUUGCUGUUUAGUGGAUAGGUGAGUGCGCUGGAUCUUGUGUAUUGUAUUAUUUGGCCCCCAGCAGCACCCCCAUUUAUGCAUGUUCAGGUGAGUGCAGCCAACCCCCCUUGUUUCAUAUGUAUAUAUUUGGGAGUCUAGCCAACUCCUUGGUUUUGCACCCCUCCCUGUCACAGGUGCCUCAUCCCAGGGCCCUAUUUAGCCUUGUACUGCAGAGAGCCCAGAUGGAAUUUCUUUCCCCAAGUAGGUUAAUCUCAUAAGAGCAGACAUUAGGCUGUUAGUGUAGGACCUGCCAAAGAUGGGGUACAUUGACGUUGUGGCAGGCUUAUACACUGUAUGAUCAUAUAAUGUAGCUAAACCCCCAUUAUUUUUGCCUAGAUUAGGUGUUUUAAAAAAAAAUUAAUAAAAUCUUUCAACAUUGAAGUUGCUGUUUAGUGGAUAGGUGAGUGCGCUGGAUCUUGUGUAAUAUAUAUAUAAUAUGUGUGUGUGUGUGUUUUACAGUAGCAGCUGUAUUGGCCUCUGUACCUAUGGUUAAAAUGGUACCAGCACCCCGGCUUACAUAAAAUGGAAAGGUUUUAUAUAAUUGUUCAAGCAAUACUCUACUAUUCCCCACCACCUUUUUAUUCUGUAUCUGGCAAUACCUAAAUUGUGUGAAAAGUGAUACGUUUGCCCACCUCUUCCUUUUUUUUUUUUUUUCUUCUCUAUUUCAUGUGUGCAGAAUCCAUGAAAUUUUAUUCUUACCAUUAAGGUGCAAAGGCAGAAAAUGUCAGCAGGUAGUUAGAUCAUGUUGUUAGAGAUUAAAGCAUUCAUAACCCAAACCUGCUUCUUGUUCUAGAUCGAUGUCCCAAUUACCUGGGUUAACACAGGUUAAGUAACGCAGCUUUAAUAUCUCAAUCUGUCUGUUUUCAGGGGGAAAUUUGUGGCCUUGGAAAAUAUCAGCUGUAAAAUCAAAUCGGGCUGCGAGGGGCACUCCCCAUGGCCCGAAGGGAUAUGUACCAAAUGUCAGCCGAGUGCCAUCACGCUUAACAGACAGGUACGGUUCAUUGUAUGACAUUUUUGUUUAGAUUACCAGUGAGCUAUUUCUGUGAAACUUUAUGCAGUGGGUGUGAACAAUAUUGGGAAGCAGAGAUACAGUAGGAUGACCUGUAUGUUCUUUUCAACACUACCCUACACUAGUAACUAUGAGUUGACAAUUUGAUUAACAUUUACUUUUAAUGUUAUUUUAACUCUUCUCAUUAUUUCACCUUAGAAAUACAGACACGUGGAUAAUAUUAUGUUUGAGAACCAUACAAUCGCAGAUCGUUUUCUGGACUUUUGGCGCAAAACUGGCAACCAGCGCAUUGGCUACCUCUAUGGUCGUUACACCGAACACAAAGAUAUUCCACUGGGUCUUCGGGCAGAGGUAGCUGCUAUCUAUGAACCUCCACAGGUUAGUCCUAAAUGGCCACACACCAAGUACACAAGUCACUGACCAGGCUUGAUGUGAGCUUGUGAUUGGAAUCCUUGUGCAGUAUCGAUGACAUUGGAACAAAACAUUGCAUUCUCUGGAACCAUGUCUAACAUUUAUGCUUGCCCAUAUGGUGUUGAUACCAAGGGAAAGGCUCUAAAUAUUGUUUCUCUACAAUCACAACCUAGCAAACCGUGGAAAAGAAAUCUAAUGUUCAUUAUUCAGAAAUUAUUUUAUCAGGGGAAAUACACAGGGAUUUCCAAUCUUACAUUGUGAAUUUGUGUGAUUGAAUGUUUCUUUAAACAAUAAUGUGUCCAGAAAUGUCACAGUUCCAGAGUGCAUCUCACUGUAUAUUAUUUUGUUUUGUAGAUUGGAACGGAGAACAGCGUGGAGCUGCUUGAUGAUCCAAAGGCUAAAGUGGUGGACGAGAUAGCAGCCAAACUUGGACUUGGAAAGGCAAGAACCAAUCCCGAUUUCUAUAUAUUAAAUAUAGUGUAUCCUAAUGCAAUAGGUCCCAUGGAUUCCCAAUAUCAUAAUGUAAUAGGUCCCAUGAAUGUGUGCGCUGGAUGGUCUGCCAUCGAAGAAUAAUAUCGCAAAGCUACUUUACAUUCUUUAUUACUGUCGUACCUCAGCACAGGAAUAGAUUUCGUACAGAUUUGUAUAAUAUGUGGAUAUAAAGUCUGUAUUCUCCCCUAAAUGGUAAUUGUCUUGUAAUAUCUUUCUUCAAAUGUAGUUUUGUUGUAAACUGGUUCAAACUGUUUGUUCAUUUUCUGUUAAGGUUGGCUGGAUUUUUACGGAUCUUGUUUCAGAAGACACAAGGAAAGGCACUGUCCGGUACAGUAGAAAUAAAGUAAGUUGUGUCCGUUUCGUGCAGACUCUCAGCUGAAAGUCUUAAAAUAUGCCAGUCACAAACAAAACCUUCUGCCCCUUUCCAGGAUUCGUAUUUCCUGAGUGCUGAGGAGUGCAUCACUGCAGGAUACUUCCAAAACAAACACCCAAACCUGUGCCGUUUGUCGCCAGAUGGACAUUUUGGCUCCAAAUUUGUCACUGUUGUGGCCACAGGUAGAUGCUGACUCCCUUUGCUCAUAGGUUGGAAGGAAGCAACUAGGAAUCCUGAACUUUGCUUCAGAAAACAUUCUGCAACACUUCACUUGUGUCAUGAAAUCUUGGGGCUCAUUCGCUAAAUUGGCAGAUGUGGUGAUUAACUAUCCGGCUUCAGAGAUUGGAGGUUUGAUCUCGACCAAGUUGGUUAUCAGCUCACCAAUUUUACCUGUUUAGUGAAUAAACCCAGCUUGUUUUUUUUUUUUUUUUUUCUUCUUCUAGCAGUAUAUACUGUGUUGCACUCCCCUGUAGUGUAUAGUCCUCUCUAAGCAUCUCUUUGUAUCUACACGACCGAUUAAUGUUUGGCUUUCUUCUCAUUUUCAAAAUACUGAAACCUGAAUUAUGACUCCAGACAAUUUCCAUUUAAAAUUAACAUGAUUGGUAUCAGCGCCAGACCUGCAACUGUCGCAUUUUCCCACGUGGGAAGGUCUUGACCUCAAUGAGCUCCUGAGUUUGUGGCAUUGAGGUGUUGGCCUAUCGACUAGCUCAGGGCAGGAGGGACGCCACUCCCUGGAGAUAUCAAGAUGCUCAACCCAGCGGAUAUUCUCUUACGGCUUUAAAUCUGCCAACUAUGGGAGUAGGUUAAAUGUCUGAGCCUUCGCAUAUGGUGACCUACAACCUCAACAUUAGGGUUUUGCUGUCCCCGUAGCCAUCACCCUGGUUUAUUUAUUGUUUAAUUUUCUAUGGUUUUAUUUUGUUUUCUUAUGUCUUGUUUUGCUCCAUCACUUUUAUUUGAAUGGAAGUAAAUCCUGUUGCCAUACAUGCUUUUAGGGCCAUACCAUUAUCUCCCAAACUUGGUACUCUGUACUUUAUUCCUUCCUUAAAUCCCUGAGCUUAUUCAAGGUGUAGUAACUUAAUAAUAAAAGCAGAUUGACAAAAAUCAGAAAAUGAAGGUAAUAAAUUGUCACGAGGACCGAUGUAAUUAUUUCUAAGACCUUUGUUCCUUUGCUGCUUGUUUCAGGGGGACCAGAUAACCAGGUGCACUUCGAGGGAUACCAGGUAUCUAAUCAGUGCAUGGCUCUGGUUCGGGAUGAGUGCUUGCUGCCCUGCAGGGAUGCUUCAGAACUAGGCUAUGCCAAAGAAUCCAGCAGUGAACAGUAUGUGCCUGAUGUCUUCUAUAAGGUCAGUCUUCUUUAACAAAGGCCAGUCUUGGUAACACACAAAAUACUGUUCGUCUCUUGGGCGGCAGCAAUAGCUAUAGACUACUUUAACCCAUACACAUAGAACAAGAGCAAAAAAAACGUUACCUGCACACUAUUCCAAAUCCCUAUACACAUUUAAAUAACAGGAGUUUAGUUUCACUCCAGUGGCCAUUAAAGUGUAAGCUCACUUGCCACGUCAAGGCAAACCUCUUGUGCUAGUCCUACACAAUUCCCCUGGCUGAUUUCAGGUAAAAGGCAAAACCUCUAAUGAAACGGAAACUAUGUUUUUACUUUAGAUAUCUCCGUUAAUGUGACUUUAGAUCAUACGUUCAUAUGUCCUCAUCAUAAUAAUAAUAAUAAUAAUAUGAUGCGUAUCCCAACUCAAGAAUAUCUUCAGAGACAAUCAAAAAGUUAUCCAAUUCCCAUGCUUCUCUCAUGCAUAUUUGUAUUCAUUUACGUAUUUACGUAUAUUUGUAUACAUUUUACUACUCAGACACUUUUUUAAAAUCAUGUGACUUGCAAGAUGAGCAGUAAUUCAUCUAGAAUAGCAUUCAUUCCCUGUCCAUCCAUCAAGUCAGGAAACCUCACUCUCCAUCCUUUGCAUGCUAUAUUACCUGCAGCUGGCUCAGGGAUAUGACAUCAUGUGAACCCAGUGCUUCCCAAAACAGUCCAGGAUUUAGGGAUUACGCAGUGGUUUUUGUAAUAAAUACACCGUAGACACAAUUGGGUAAUCCCUAAAUCCUGAACCAGUAAUAAUAUGGACUGGUUUGCCAGGUGCCAUAUUAGCAUUUUUUAUGUGUGCCAAUAAAUAAAUAUAAUUUGUAAUAGUAAUCUAUUGCUAGUUCAUUGCUUCUUCUUUCACUACUGCAGGACGUAGACAAAUUUGGCAAUGAAAUCACCCAACUGGCACGACCACUUCCCGUAGAGUAUUUGAUCAUUGACGUAAGUAUAUCUGUGGCCGUAUUACUUUGGAUCUAUGGAUUAUAUAUAGUGUCUGUGUGUGUGUAAACAGGAUUCCGGUCGCCGUUAAAUCGUGCGCGCGCGUGUGUGUGUGUAUAUAUUAUAUAAAAUGGAUAUAUGAUUCCAGUCUCCAUUAGCCACUCCCAAAGUUAAGCCAUGUGUGAUAUUGUAUCCCUUCCUUGCUUUACAUUUUGUCACUGAGGAAACAAAAAUAACAUUCUGGCCAAAAAAUAAACCUUACUACUCGUCGAAAUAAAAUGGUGUGUUGGUCUUUUACAUUUGACUUCCUUUUUGUAACAAAGUGACAAAAAAUUAAAUUGUAUUAAAUAGGCUGAUUAUAGGUAUUUAUUGUGUGUGAAUGCUGAUUAACAAAAGUGACCACACUAUUUAGAACAUUGCAGACAGCAUUUAAGCCCUGAAAUGUGCCUAGGGCCUUUUUGCCUAAUUUCGGCAUCCUGUCUUAAACAUAGUACAAUCUCUUUUGAUUGGUUCACCUGUGCUAACGCAGGAAUGUUAACAGUUUAGGGGUAUGUCAAAAGGGUGUAUUUAGCCUGCUAUGUGAUUGUUACAAACUUUCCUUCCCACCUUCUAGAUCACGACCACAUUCCCCAAGGAUCCUGUCUACACGUUCUGCACCUCCUCCAAUCUGUUUGCCAUUGAAAACAGAGAUGCCCUGGGUGAAACUCAGGUGAGAAUGAUGUCAAAUGUAGUUUUAUAUGCACCUUGCUUGUAACUGCAUGAGAUGACCUGUAGGGGGACGUAGGUUUUCAUGUAAGAUGUCUUUUAAGAUCUCUAUCUAAGCUUUCCUACUGGCUAUUGUAGAACUGAAACUGCCAUGAUGCUUUGCCAGCCAAGCUUGAGGAAUAACUUUAGACUACCAGUAUUCUGGCAUCUGUGACCUUACUUAGUCUAGUGGGGCUCUGUGUGCUGUUAACGGGAAUGGACAUUGGACACGUGGUUUUAUUGGUGGCAUGAACGGUUAUUCAAUCUGUAGUGAAGUAAACUCCAUUAAAAAGCUACAGAACAGAGAUUUGCCGUAACCCCUGGAUUCAUGUUUUCUCUCCCUAAGGACUUCCACAGUUUGGCCAACUACCUUUCCCAGAAUUCAACCUCCAAUUUUCUUGAGAUCAUCUCUGACUUUCAUUUGCUUCUUUUCCUGGUAACCAACGAGGUUAUGCCUCUGCAGGUAAGCAUCUGGAACCAGGUCGUCGUGCUUCUGAUUAGAAUAUGUUGAACAGCUGAGUGUAAAGUUACAAUAAGCUGGUCUUUUAAAGGCUUUUUGUGCUGUCCGCAUCUGAUUCAAAAAACAUCUGUAUUUACAUCGGUGCUAAGCGGUGCUUUUCAGGUGAGAGAGGCUCCUGGCUGAGCAGGAAGUUCCCAUAAGACCGGAAACCAGAAGAAUUAGGUGCUUUAGUGAAGAAAAUAAUGAAAACUGAUAGACAGAGGCAAUUGUGCUUUCAUGUAAAGUGCACCCACACUUAUUAUAUAUCAUUAUUAUUAUACUUAUUAUAUAUCAUUAUUAUUAUACUUAUUAUAUAUCAUUUUGUUCAGGAGUUAUAGGGCUUUCAUUUCAAAUAAAGUAUUUAUAUGUGAAACAUAAUUUAAUAUGAAUAAAAUCUACAAAUGUGAGUGAAUUUAAGAAAUUUUAUUUUCCAAGUUCUGCACACUCAUUUGUGUUCAGUGAUGUAUCAUGAGUACAACAGUAAACCAACCCCAUGUACAGGUUUUAUGGGGUUGUGGAAAGUUACAGGGUCAAAUAUAGUCCUUGCCUAUUUCAAAGGGGUCGUGCCUUUAAUUACCACAAUCUAUUAAAAGGGGCUUUGCUUUUAAGUACAGAUAUGUUAAUAACGGGGCUGUGCCUUCAAUUACAGCAAUCUAGAUGGAAUGGGGCUGUUCCUUUAAAUCCCCUGAUCUAGUAACAAAGUUGCUGGGUCUUUAAUUAUAGAGAUCUAUUAUAAAAGGGAUUGUACCUUGUAUUACUGCGAUAAAAGGAAAAGGGGUUGUGCCUUUAAUUAUAGUGAUCUGUUAAUAAAGGGGCUGUGUCUUUAAUUAUAGAGAUCUGUUAAUAAAGGCGAUGUGCCUUCAAUUACAGGAAUCUAGUGGUGCAAUUUAACCUUGUGUAAGAAUACUUUGGUUGUAUUUUAACUCCUUAAAGGGACACUAAAAAUAUUAAUGCAUUCGUUUUUGGACAUGUGAAUACACUGUGUCUUUGUAUGCUCAAAUCUUUAUACUUUUUUUGCACAAAAACAAAUAUUUUACAGAAUACUGCAUCAUAAGCUUGCCCCCUUAGCCAAGUCCCCUCGUGCCAGAAAGGCUUCCAUAUGAAAAGUAUGCACACAGUCUCCUCAACAGCACUGAGUGGUCAGCUUUUAAUUCAAAGCAUGGCUGCAGACAGUCUGAUAAACUACAAACAGGUAUCAUAUAUGCCUCCCUGGGUGUUCUCUGCUUCUAAUGCAGGUUGUUUUGCAGUUCAGAUCACUCAGUGCUGUCAUUGGCUGAGCUGUGUACAUACAUUGAUAAGGACGUAUUUUUCUGGAGUCAGGGGGCAUGGCUAUAGAAGCAAAAACUAUAAAGAUUUAAGAAUGCAAACAAUACAGCACAUUAAUGAGGUUAAAACAUAUCAAAUGCAUUAAAGUAGUAUUUGUGCCCUUUAAUGACCACAAGGCCCUUUUGAGAUGCGACGUGUGUGAUCAAGGCCUUUUUGCACUUUUACCAUGCGUUCAUUCUACCACAAUUUCUCCACUUCUGUUCCAUUUUUUCCCCCAUGCUGUUUUAGUUGAACUUUAGUAACAGAGCAGGAUAUACUUUUUUUUUUAUUUAUUUUUUUUUUAAACAGACUGUACAAUAAAGGAAGUUUAAACAUUAGAUCUCUCUUCACAGGAAGUGUUUAGGAAGGCUGUGCAUUUUACAUGCAGGGAGGUGCGACUAGGGCUGCAUAAACAAAGAGAUUUAACUCCUAACUGGCAGAGAACUGAGCAGUGAAACUACAGAGGCAUAAUCUGUACACCAAAACUGCUUCAUUAAGCUAAAGCUGUGUUGGUGCUUAUAGUCCUUUUGAGGGGUUAAAAUACGUUUAUUUUUUUGUUCCUACUUUUUUUUUUGGUUGGCUUUGUGAGUUAAAAUAAAACUAAUUUUACGAAAAUGUUAAUCUUGUGCUGGAGCUCCCUUCAUUGCAGUGUUUUACUGCAAUUCUCCAGUACACACAAACACACACAAUUGUUUCAUAUUGGGCCCUAGAAAACCCCAUAUUUGAGUAUUGUUCAAUCUACUGGAACAUUGAUCAGAGGCUGCAGUCCGUCACAAGCCAAAUUCCCUGCGCUGUUUGCCAGUGCUGGCUUGGAAGGUAUUGAUGCUGGCAAACCAUGCAAUCCUUCUUUUAUGAGCUGCCCGUUGGCUGGAUCCUGUUGCACAGUGAGAGGGAGUGUGGAACUGGGCUGAGAUUGUCUGCCUGGUAAUCAGGAUAAAUAAGAAGAUGUGUUUCUCAUUCACCAGUGCAGUCAGCAGAGGUGUUUAAAAAUAUAUAUCACGGUGCAGUCAGCAGAGAUGUUUAUAAUAGAUCACUGGUGCAGGCACAGUGUUUUGGAUAGCACUGAUGGUAAUGGGUUCAGUGAACGUAGAAUAGAGAUUAUGUGGCUUUUUUGGCGUGUACAAUUUGGCUUCUCAGUUCCCAGGCUUACUGCCAAUAUAUUUAAUAAACCAAACUGUAAGAAUUCUUCUCUUCUCAUAGUUUCAACAUAGGGGUCACACACUCACCUUGUAGUGGAUCACACUGUGAAUUGCGGUUGGUGAUUCUGUGGGACUGAUUCUUACUCUGUUCACCUGCAGGAUAGUAUCAGUUUACUCCUGGAUGCCGUGAGGACCAGGAAUGAAGAACUUGCCGAAACCUGGAAGAAAUCAGAGCAGUGGGCAACCAUCGAACAGCUGUGCAGUGAGUUCCUUUUAAAGCACUGUAUGAUUCACACCAUAAUACCAUCUAUUGGGAGUGAUGUCCAGCUUAAAUUGUUUGUUCUGUAAUGCUUGUCAAACAUCUCUGGCUGGUCAGGCAUUAUGGGGAGAGCUUUUCUGCAAUGGAGUGUAGAUCCAGAAUAAGGGAGUGUCGCAACAUAUGUGGCAAAUGUUAUGUCCACAAGCUGGAUUUGGGCUUUUAUUAAUUACACUGUGGUAUGUGUGAAUAAGGGGUUGAAAACCCCUGGGCAUCAGUGAAACCCACAUGUAGGUAAUGAUGCAUAAUGGGAAUCAGUCAAAGCCUACAAUGAUCACACUGCCACCUGAUCUUUUCUGCCGCUAGCUGUGCUGAAAGGGCAUAAUAACCAAUCCUGGUCUUCCUUUACAACAAGUUCGGCCAAGAAUGGGCUCUUUGUAUUAUGUCUGUGUACGGCAAAAUUUUCAACAUGUAAUCCACCUCAUCGGUCUCCUGAUUUUAUUCUUUUUAUUUCUCAGGCACCGUUGGUGUUCAGCCCUCUGAACUUCAUGAAUUUGGAGCGAUUGGAGGAACUACGCAUGUUCCUGCAACUGCCAUGUGGUCCUGUUUGCACUGCACCUUCAUGAAUCAGGCGGGUACAGACCAGUGCGAGAUGUGCCGGCUUCCCCGGGCCUAAGAGCAGUCCUUUUGAUUGGGGGGCAUGCAAAAAACAUCGCCCUCAUGGAGCUGCCCCUUGCAGCAAGAUUUCAGCCAGUCCCCAACCCUGUUAUGUUGCUUUUAGGGCUCUGUGAGGGAGAAGCCCCAUGUGCCGGUCCUGCAGGUAUUCACUUCUCCAUGAGUUGCCCAUAGCAGUAACGGCAUCAAAGCUUACUCAUCCACAGACAAAGGAAGCGCCAUCAUUUUUGGGUGCGAGUUGUCAUUUUGGCAUCCUUGUAUUAAUCCACAACAUUAAAGCACGGUCUGCAGUUUGCAGAAACCCCCAAAAAUAUAUAAUACAUAUAUCUAGAUUUGAAACGUUUAACCAUAAUUUUUUGAAUUUUAUUUAAUAUUCAUGCAAAACCACAAUCCCGGAGACCAUAACUCUACAUGUUGCAAGCAGGAGAUAUAUGCCAUCCUGGCACUAGAAGGGUUAUGAUGUUAGCGCUAGUUACCAUUGGCAUCAAGUGUUUCACUUACCCUUUUGUUGCCAAUCACUGUUUGUGUUAGUCAUUUCUGGUGCUCAAAAGGCUAAUGGGGGAUCUCACUCCCAAGACAAAAUAUGUGUUUGUUUUAAAAUUCUAGGGAUUAAACUUUGCCCAUUCCACAAAUAAUCUUUCUCUUAUCCUUUAAUGUGUUUUAACAUAAAUUGCUACCCUCUAAAUAUACAGCCAUAAAGCAUCCCAGUGGUGCAGGAAAAAAGGUGGUUGACAUGAAACUCUUGAACAUUCAAACAUGCAAAAAAAAAACGCUCAGUGGCGAUUAUCGUUAUUGUGUCCAGCAAGUAUUAUUUGGAGUUUGCCAACUGUAACCUAUAAUAACACUAUAUAUUUAAAUCCAAAACAUAAAACCUUAGUUUUGAAUGGAUUAAAUGUGCGUGGAACCUUAUUAAAAAGAAGGGGGAAACAUUAACCAGUGAAAAGGGGUGAAAUCCCACCACAGUUUUAGAUAACUGUUCAGUAUAUCUGGAGUUUAUUACAAGGUAUUAAACUCUGACUUAUCUGAUUUAUUUUAGUAUGCCAACUCGGUGCUUUCCGGAUGGCUGUUGUGGAAGCAUUCACCUGUGAAACCAACAUGUUUUUAUUUAAGACUGAACACGCACUUUCUAUGGAUAUUAUUAUUAUUAUGAAAGUACUAAAGGUUUGAGUGUUUUAAAGCAUUAUCGGUUAGCAUUGCUCACUUUUUCCUGGCAUCCUAAAAUUCUCAUAAAAUCGAAUAGAUUGGUUCACAGACUUUAUAAAAGUGUGUAGCAUGAACUCUCUGAUACGGCAUAGUUCCACCUACCCCAUCCAGAUAUUGGAAUAAAAGAUUGGAGUGAAAUAAGCAGUUUACUAAAUCGUAGUUUCUGUGUUUAUUAUCCAGACUAAUAUCUAAUAUAGUUGGGAGCAGUGAUAGCUUAUUAUGCCUAACUGAGCAUGCUGGGAGAUGUAUUUAGAAGCAGCUGAAUACCAAGGUUGGCAUUCACUCAUUUACUAUCUGAAUUGUCAAUGGUGCUCCUCCUGCUGAUGGAUUACAGCCUCUGGCUGAGGUUAAUGUGAGUUUUAUUUCAAUAGUUACAUGGUUUGUUGAGCCCCGGUUUAACAGAGAGUGAGGAGAUUAUCUUGUUAACUAAUCCAUUUAUUUAUAAAGUUGGAUGCUGACAAAGCUUUAUCGAGUGCCUUAUCCCUGCAAUCCCAUGGAAGCUCGAUCCUUGUUUUAGUAAAGAUGAUUUUAGUUUUUGGGUUGUGGGGGCCAAGGGACUUCUAAUUUUGUUGUGUUUUUUUGUUUUGUUGCUGAGAUGAAGAUUUUAGUAAGCAAUUGUCACUAGCCCUCCCCUCCCAAUGUGUUAUAGAUACAUUAAGUGUGCAGUUUCCAGGAUUAAUUGUCCAUAUAAUACAGAACAGAUACAAUAUGCCCUUGGUUAAAAGGUAAGAGAUCUAUGGCUCCAGCUGUACACUUGGUUCCCUCACAAGAGAAACCUAAGUUGUGUCAGCUGAGGUUUGCCACAGGCCAUGUGUGCUAAAUUUGGAAGUAUGCAUUCAAAAAGUUACUAUCUGAUCAUUUCAUAUAAUCGCGCACCCAGGCAGGGCAAUAUUCACCAGGAGCGAAUAAGUCCUGUUUAAAGGGACACUAUAGGCAUAAAAAAAACUUCAUGAAGCAGUUUUGGUGUAUAGAUCAUGCCUCUGCAGUCUCAAUUAUCUGCCAUAUAUCUAGGAGUUAAAUAAGUUUUGUUUCUGUUUAUGCAGCCCUAGCCACACCUCCCCUGGCUGUGACUGACACAGCCUGCAUUAAAUUAAGGUUUCAUUUCCAUCCGAUGUUAACUAACUUUAGACAUUUUUAGCCUUAUAAACAAAGUGACUUAUCUCCUAAAUGGCAGAUAACUGAGCAGUGAGACUGCAGGGGCAUGUUCUAUACACCAACACUGAUUCAUUAAGCUAAAGUUAUUUUGGUGCCUAUAAUAUCCCAAACUGUGUGAAAAGAUAGAACAUAAUGCUAUAAAGGGAAAAGGAACAACAUUAAAAACUUAACCGAAAAAAAAACCUAUUAACUGCCCACUAUCCCAAAUUCCUAGGCACGUUUAACACUGUUUUUUUUUUUUUGUUUAUUAACACUUUGAUGCUAGAAACCUCUGUUAUUUAAAUGUGCAUAAGGAUUGGGCAUUGUUUGCAGGUGACUUUUUUUUUUUGUCUAUGUAUUUGGGCUGAUGAUGUAUUGCUGCUGGCCCAUAGUAGUGAGAGUCUGAGUGCAGGGCUUAAUUUUGUGUGUUAACAGAAAAGGAAGUGGAAAGUAAACAGAAAAUGAAGAGCAGGUUAAAAACAAAGAUGGUGGACGGAAACUGUUGUUGAAGAUGUAAUAGGCCCUGGGAGGGUGUGGUGGGUUUAGCAAUUCUCUAGUGACUAUCUGUUGUGAUUUUUUUUUUUUUCUUUUUUCAUUAACCCAGAAUACAAGUAAGAUGUCCUACCCAGAAUACAAUGUUAAAUAAAUUUUGUAUGAAAUGAAUUGUCCUGGUGACAAGUGUAGCCAAUUGUCCUGGUGACAAGUGUCGGCCAUGGUGUGGAGAUGUGUAAUCUCUAUCAUUUAUAAUAUGUCCUAGUGUACAGAAUUAAUAGUGACAUAGCAGGGUGUAUACACGUAAUGCAAAAUACAAAACUGAGGCAGAAAAAUGGUACUAUAAAAAAUAUUCUGCAACUUGCAGGUUAGUGAAUAGACCAGAGUUAUUAAAGGGCUUCUCUGACCAUUUUUAUCACCAUUUUGGCACUCUAUUGGGCACAAACCCACAUAAAUAACAAGUUUAAAACUUACCUGUAAUCCAGCACCAAAACGUACCUGUAAUUACCUGAAUCUCCCGGCGCUGAUUUCCACGUCCCGUCUGACAUCUUGCCUGUACUUGCAUGGUCCAACCACACGGACUGUUUCGCUGGCUCAGAGCACAGGGGGAAAGAGAAGAUACAAGGAACCACAGGGAUGGAGGGGAGAGGAUGUGCAGUGCCUGCAAGGGAUAAAAUUGUUACGUCUGCAAGCGUGCAGUGCACACUAACAACAGAUUUAAAAUAUACACAGAAUUGACAAUUGGCAGUCUGGAGCAGCGUUCUUAACUCCCAACAUACAAGUGCACAUAUAUCUCUGAAUGGUUUAAACAGAAAUGCUGCACAUCCAGAUUCCUACCACCAUGACCACUUCAAAUCACUGAAGUAGUCAUGGUGGUUGAGUUAACCCUUUAACGUUGGGUUCAUAUUGGUCCCCAACAUUUCUGCUAGCCGAGCGAACACCAAAAUGAGGCUGAUGUUUAGAUAUCUCUAAAUGUUGUGGGGGAUAUCACAGGAAGUCACAAAAUCGCAAUGAACAUGACUUUGUCCAGUCAAAUGUUUCUCAUAGAGAAGCAUUGAGGACAUUAUGCAUCCACAGCAGUCUUGCCUAUCCUCGAUUCCUGUGCUUCUCUAUAAUAAGCAUUGAAUCCAGUUAUUUUUAUUGGAAUAACAUUAGGCGUACAGUGUGUCUGGGAUUGACGCACUUUGCUUGUUGAUGUUGGAAGUCAAAUAGAUUCCAUAACUGAAUGUAUAAUCAGUCUUAUGCCUUUCAUGGUCGUCUGAAUGACAGGUGAGAAACAGUGCUGUUUCUCUGUAACGGCACAGUUUACAACAGCAAGGCUGCAGGGACAGCAUCUAUGCAUCCAUUGACAUCAUCAAACACCAGGUGAUUUGGGUGAUUAGAUUGUCCCUUUAAAGACAUUUUGCUAAUAUUGAAUGUCCUGCUUACUUUGUGUUUGCAACUCUACACAUUCUAAUUCACAUUUGCAACUCUACACUUUUCCCAGGCUGUGACUGUUUGGUGAUCCUCGCCAUUUGGUCAGUCAAAAACUGGAGAUAUUAAACCGUAACAUUUUCUUAAUUUAUUUUUUACUUUAAAAUCAAACUGUGAGCUUUAGUGGUUAUGGUGUUUACACUGUUGCUUUUAUAUGUGUGCUGUUGCAUUUCCUUUAUUAGAAAGGUUCAUUGUCUUAUUGGCCAAAUCUGGGGAUAUUUUUUGACAGACCCCAAGUUAUGUACCUGAUGUUGGCUUGGCAACUUUUUAUCCCAAUAUAAAUGUAGCUAAUUGAUGUAUUGAUUUGUAAUUUAGAGGUAAGGAUAUAUCUACAAACUCAUUUCGUAGAUAUUUUUCAGUAUCGGACAUCUCUAUUGCAUUGAAAAUGUUUAUUAUGUGCUUGUUCUAAGCAGUGAAGACCCACUGAAAAUAGCUUGGUCUCCCGAUUUUCAGUGUUAAUCCAGCAAUUGAGAACCCCAGGGCUAAAUUUAGUAUCAAUUUAGCACCCAAAGAAAUUAACCAAAGUCAAGAGUGCCUUAUUGUCUUUGAACAAUACUACAUGUCCCCUGGCUUCUAAUUACUAACAUUCCCCACCCAUCCUUUCAAGGGCCCCAAUGAUGUUUUACCCAUAAAUCUGCUGAUUCCCACCAAUCUCAGCCAGACAGAGGGCAGAAAUGUUCAGGCCUUGUGUUAAUUCUCCCUCACGUUGCAAUCUCUCACUUCCCGUCCUACAAUGACGACUUGUUUUUAUUAUUUGGAUUGUAGAAUAUAUAUAUUUUUUUGUUGUUGUUGUAGUUAUUGCCCAGUGUGUGUCAGAAAAGGUACAUAAUGUUACGUUCUCCGGGAUUUCUGACAUUAAAGAACUCACAAGACACCAUAUAGUCAGGGUUUAAACAUGGCGGUUAUUUUCCUGCAGUGUUAAUUUAUUCAUCCUGCAAGGGAUUGGCGUAUAGCUGCAAGAUUUUUGUUAAUUUAAUAAUAUUUUCAUGGUGUUUUCUAGGAGUGUGGGGCAGAGAGUGAUCAGAGUAGUGUUUCAUUAUGUUCUGACUAUUGAAGUGAAAUAAAAGCUCUUUAAAAAUGGAA